CGCGCGCGCGAGGGACGCGACGCAUGACGCGCGCGAAGGAUGCGAUCGUCGUCGACGACGGGAACGACGACGACGACGACGACGACGACGACGACGUGCUCGCGGCGUCGACGCCCCGAGCGACGACGUUCGGGGAACGCGCGAACGCGCGCGUCCGCGCGUUUGACGAUUUCACCGCGGCGUUCGUCGCGACCGAGUCGCUGGACGUGUCGGGGGGACCACGGGACGGCGCUCGGGGAAACGCCGCGGCGCGGUGGAGCGACGAAGCGUUCGCGCGCGCGAUUCGGUGCGAAUUGCGCGAACCGGACGCGAGCGAUGGAUUCAGACGCGCGCCCAGGGGCGAACAUCUCGCCAGACUCGCGACGACGGCGACGUCUGCGCGACGAAGAGCGACGAAGCGCGAGGCGGCCAUCGCGCGCGAGGCGGUUUCCAUUUUACGCUUGUGUGAUGUCGUCGCGCCGGCGACGGCGCUGAGUGCGUCGAACGCCGGUGGCGCGAACGGGUCGUCGGCGAAGAAGAAGCGACGGCGCGAAGUGGUGGAUCUGAGCGAGGCGGACGCGCCAACGGUGGUGACGACGCGCGAAACGUGGACGCCGCUUGAGCACGCGAUUCGAGGCGAAGAGGCCAGUGCGAGCGCACUGAGGUCGCCGGGCGCGGUGCGCGGGCGAGCCGAGCGCGAUUGGAAAUUUUUCAACCAACUUCUCGACGCGUCGACGACGACGAGCGACUCGACGCGCUCGCGCGGAGGCGACGCGUCGAAGACGAGGGGACGUCGUGGCGCCGUGGUGAGCGAUUCAGACGACGAUGAUUCAGAAGCUAAGGCUGCGCGUGCGUACCGAGACGAAGAUCUCGAGAGUGAUGACGAAGACGAGACGAACGAGGAAUACGCGCGCGUCGGAGCGCGGCUGUUGUUUUUGCACUCGUGCGCCGUCUUCUUUCGCGACGCGUACGCGCGCGUGUUCGCCGCUGAGUGUCACGGCGCACUUGGCGGAGAAGCGCGGAAACGCGCGGGAGAAUUGGCGCAAAAUGCACUCCUGUAUAGACUUGUGGUGGACGUCGCGCCCACGGAGGGCGAUCGAAGCGCGUGGUUUGCAAAGAUGGUGGAUGCGUCGUGCUUGGGGAGCGAGCGCGCUGCGCUCGUGGCGCCCAGCGACGCCGGCGGCGACGGCAACGAGGCGCCGAGCCAAGGGAAGAUGAAGCGAUGCAGCGUUUCGCGCGCGUCCUUAGCGCCUUCGACGAGCGCAGGCGCCGAGGAUUGCGGGAUGAAUGAGGUUUCCUCCGCCGCGCGCGACGUGCUCGAGGCGCUGUCGAGUCUUCUCGACGCGUGCGAGUCCAGCGAUGGUGCGAGCCGGAGGCACGUUAAGAUUCGCGUGCAGCUCGAGGAUGCCUAUGCGGAGGCGUGGAAGUGCACGGGCAAGGCUCGACUCGAACUCGAUGAAGCCAAGCGCGCGUUCAUGCGCGAGAUUAGACAUCCAAAGAAUCGAUUGACUCGCGCGCGCGAAAUUUUAGCGAGACGCGUCGACCGUCGACACGCCCCUGGGAUAAUCGAAGGUGGGAUGGGAGGCGGCGGUGGUCGUGGCGCGGUGGAUGUUUUCAACUACGUGGCGGAAGAUGCGGUGCGUGCGAUCAAGGCGCAGCAACACUCCGACGGCUCUGGAGAUUACAGAUCCGCGGCGGCGGCGCUCGGCGUCAUCGUCGGCGCAACCGCGUACGGCGCUCUCGCUCUCGAUCCAUCUGCGAGUACGUUCAAACAUUCCUUCGCGCGAUGUGUCGACGCCUUCGAUGUAGAAACCACUCGAAGCGGCGUCAUCGAUCGCGACGCGAGCGCGUCCCUGGCUUUGGCUUUGGCGUUCUCGUCAGAAGAAUCGGUAGUGUAGACGUACGAAUGCGCGAUGGCCGCCGGCGGCGACUCGGAGAUAUAGUAAGUGACCGGACCGUGACCCCUUGGAUCCGGCGAUUCCAAAAAGUGAAGGGGUCCGUUUUGGAAGAGGAGUGGUGUCGAACCGCAGACGGCGGCGGUGCGGUGCGCGGCGAGAGGACUCACGAGAGAAGGAUGACCGACAUCAUCUUGUAAAA